CUGUGGGAACUACACAUCCCAGAAUACCAUGGGUCCCAGGCCCAGAAGGGGGACAUGAUAUCAUGCUGGGGUGGAGAGCGAGGAUGAAUUUGCGGCGGGGAAGAAUUUGAGCUGACGGAGGCGGCCUUUAGAGAGGAAGGAGAGGAAAAGGAACGAUGACCACAGGUCCCAUGAUGCUUGCAGAGAUGACUACACUUCCCAUGAUGCCCCGGGAAGGGGGCGUAGGGAGGAAAGACUGCAUGUCCCACGAUGCUCUCGGCGGGCCGGUGGCAGAGAUUGAACCGGAAGACGCUUUCUGGGUAUGAGGGAGUCGAGUGACUGGUGUUGAACAACCAAAAGUCCAAUAUGAAACUGUAUUGCCUGUCGGGGCACCCAACCUUACCAUGCAAUGUGCUCAAAUUCAAAUCAACCACCAUUAUGUUGGACUGUGGACUGGACAUGACUUCCACCCUCAAUUUCCUUCCUUUGCCACUUGUUCAAAGUCCCAGGCUGUCUAAUCUUCCCGGCUGGUCCCUAAAGGAUGGAAAUGCUUUCUUGGACAAGGAGCUAAAGGAGUGCUCGGGUCAUGUAUUUGUAGAUUCUGUGCCUGAAUUCUGCUUGCCAGAGACCGAGCUAAUAGAUCUGUCUACGGUAGAUGUGAUCCUCAUCUCUAACUAUCACUGCAUGAUGGCACUGCCCUACAUCACUGAGCACACCGGAUUCACAGGCACGGUGUAUGCCACAGAGCCCACCGUUCAGAUCGGCAGGCUUCUCAUGGAAGAGCUGGUGAAUUUCAUUGAGAGAGUGCCCAAGGCUCAGUCUGCCUCCUUGUGGAAGAACAAGGAUAUUCAGCGGCUGCUGCCUUCUCCUCUCAAGGAUGCAGUGGAAGUAUCAACCUGGAGAAGAUGCUAUACAAUGCAAGAGGUGAACUCUGCCCUUAGCAAAAUCCAGCUGGUGGGAUAUUCUCAGAAAAUUGAGCUCUUUGGUGCAGUCCAGGUGACUCCUCUCAGCUCUGGCUAUGCCCUUGGAAGUUCCAACUGGAUUAUCCAGUCCCAUUACGAGAAAGUAUCUUAUGUCUCUGGAUCCUCCUUGCUUACCACACACCCCCAGCCCAUGGACCAAGCUUCUCUCAAAAACAGCGAUGUUCUCGUUCUGACAGGCCUUACCCAGAUUCCCACUGCAAACCCAGAUGGCAUGGUGGGAGAGUUCUGCAGCAACCUGGCGCUGACAGUCCGGAAUGGAGGGAACGUGUUGGUCCCCUGCUACCCUUCUGGAGUGAUCUACGACCUCUUGGAAUGCCUGUAUCAAUACAUCGACUCGGCCGGCCUCUCCAACAUCCCUUUCUACUUCAUCUCCCCUGUGGCUAACAGUUCACUUGAGUUUUCUCAGAUUUUUGCUGAGUGGCUUUGUCACAACAAACAGACUAAGGUGUAUCUCCCAGAACCACCUUUUCCCCAUGCAGAGCUCAUUCAGACCAACAAGCUGAGGCACUACCCCAGCAUCCAUGGAGACUUCAGCAACGACUUCAGGCAGCCGUGUGUGGUGUUCACUGGGCACCCUUCCCUCCGGUUUGGGGACGUGGUUCAUUUCAUGGAGCUCUGGGGAAAAUCUAGUCUCAACACUGUCAUAUUCACAGAACCUGACUUCUCAUACCUGGAAGCUCUGGCUCCCUACCAGCCGUUGGCCAUGAAAUGCAUAUACUGCCCCAUUGAUACACGACUGAAUUUCAUCCAGGUGUCAAAGCUGCUUAAAGAAGUACAGCCCCUCCACGUGGUCUGUCCUGAGCAGUACACCCAGCCACCUCCAGCGCAGUCCCACAGGAUGGACCUGAUGAUUGACUGCCAGCCGCCUGCCAUGUCCUAUCGGCGGGCCGAGGUCCUCGCCUUACCCUUCAAGCGUCUGUUUGAAAAGAUUGAAAUCAUGCCCGAGCUCGCAGACUCGCUGGUGCCCAUGGAGAUUAAGCCUGGCAUUUCCUUGGCAACCGUCUCGGCUGUGCUGCACACCAAAGAUAACAAGCACGUUCUUCAGCCCCCGCCCAGGCCGGCCCCACCCACAAGUGGUAAGAAGAGAAAGCGGGCGAGCGAGGACAUUCCAGACUGCAAAGUUUUGAAGCCUUUGCUGAGCGGCUCCAUCCCGGUGGAGCAGUUUGUGCAGACCCUGGAGAAGACUGCCCAUCAUCCUCCUUUCUCUUGUCUUUUGGAGCAGCAUGGCUUCAGUGAUGUUAAGGUGGAAGACACAGCCAAGGGCCAUAUCGUCCUGCUACAGGAGGCUGAGACCCUCAUCCAGAUUGAGGAAGAUUCAACCCACAUCAUUUGUGAUAAUGACGAGAUGCUCAGGGUGCGGCUUCGGGACCUUGUCCUCAAAUUUCUACAGAAGUUCUAAAGGGAACAUCCAAGCCGUUUCCACUUCCCUGAAAUCCUACAGUCCCUCACCACGGCCGCCCAGCAGGAGCCAAGUGACGAGGCCAUAAAAGGUUGGCCAUGUCUUUGUGGUGUUCCCUGACUUAAGGAAUAAAGAAGUGGCUCUUGAAGGACAUUAUCAGAAGUUACAGCCAGAGUCUCCUGAUAUGGAUUCCUAGAACUGUUUUAGGCAAGAACUUUCCUUUUAAACUUUAGACUCAUUUUCUUCCCAAUCCUGGCUCUCUUGGGUAAGCAGGACAGUAACGCAAUGAGCUGAGGAGUAGCAUAUGGGUGACAGAAGCGGCUUUCCAGGAGGUUCAUGGUGGAAGGGGAAGUAGAAAGAGGACUGACUUGUCUUAUGUGGCCUGUGUUUGAUUUUCGUGAUUUCACAGGGCUUGGGCAAGGGAACUAGUCUUUGAUUUUAUUUACUUGUCUACAGUGCUACACCUAAUAAGAAAAAUGAUCCCAAAAAAUUACUAAAGUGAACUCAUCUAUCUGUAUUUUAUAUUGUGAGCCCGUUUUGUUAAUAAAACUUAUUUUUUAUAGAAGUA